AUGGGCAAGGACAAGGUCCCGCCCUCUGACCAAAUUAGCGGAGAUACAAGAGCCGAGGAAGAACAGCUUCGUGCGGAGUUUGAUGAUGCAAAAGUCAAGCAGAUAGUUAUUAAGCCCCGGAGUAAACGCCGCAAUGGGUUCAUCUUCAUGCUGGGCGGCAUCUUCGGCAUCUUCAUCGCAUUGUUCUUCGCGAACCAGCAUGAGGUCAUAAGCUUAGAUUCGCUCAUGGACCUGAAUCUCGACUCAUGGAUUGAAGCUAUUCCACAGGGAAUUGUCAGCGACGUGAAAGAAUUCUCGCAACACGAACGCGAUACCGUCAGCUAUGAUUCGUUUGCUGUUGGACUACAACUUCGAGCCCAGGGCAUAGAAGCCAAACACCCCGUCGUGAUGAUCCCCGGAGUUAUCUCGACUGGCUUAGAGAGCUGGGGCACGGGGGAAACUUCGCGACAAUACUUCCGCCGACGAUUAUGGGGCAGCUGGAGCAUGAUGAGAGCAUUAGUCAUGGAUAAAGCUGAAUGGAAGAACCAUGUCAUGCUCGAUCGGGAUACAGGCCUUGACCCGCCUGGCAUUAAGCUCCGUGCGGCGCAGGGAUUUGAUGCCACGGAUUUCUUUAUCACGGGAUAUUGGAUAUGGAAUAAAAUCUUGGAGAACCUGGCUACCAUUGGCUAUGAUCCGACCAAUGCGUUUACUGCUGCGUACGACUGGCGACUCUCAUACCUCAAUCUCGAAGUUCGCGAUAGGUAUUUCACUCGACUCAAGUCCUACAUCGAGACCGCGGUGCAGGUACAAGGCGAGAAAAUCACACUGGCAUCCCACAGCAUGGGAUCUCAGGUGGUGUUAUAUUUCUUCAAGUGGGUAGAGAGCGAGGAACACGGAAAGGGCGGCAAAGACUGGGUUAACAAACAUAUCGACUCAUGGGUCAACAUCAGCGGCUGUAUGCUAGGCGCCGUUAAGGGAUUGACCGCCGUUCUGUCCGGAGAAAUGCGGGAUACAGCGCAACUGAACGCCUUUGCUGUGUAUGGACUGGAGAAAUUCCUAUCGAAAGAGGAACGUGCGGAGAUCUUCCGCGCGAUGCCCGGUAUCUCCAGCAUGCUACCAAAAGGUGGUGAGGCCAUAUGGGGAAACUCGACCUGGGCACCAGAUGACCAACCAGGCCAGCCCCUGACCUUUGGCAACCUGCUCCGCUUCCAAGACUCCAACUCAACGUUGACACAACGCAAUCUUACCACGACAGAGAGUCUACAGUACCUCCUGGACCACAGCGAGGAUUGGUACCGGAACCAGGUUCUGAAUAGCUACUCGCACGGCGUGGCGCAUACGAAACGCGAGGUCGAAGCCAACGAGAAGGACCCGCGCACCUGGCUCAACCCUCUAGAGUCGCGUCUGCCCCUCGCCCCAGACAUGAAGAUAUAUUGCUUCUAUGGCGUGGGAAAACCCACAGAGCGCAGUUACUUCUACCAGGAAGAGCCCGACCCACUGGUCAACCUCAAAGUCAGCAUGGACACUACCAUCACCAACAACGAGGGCGUCGACCACGGCGUUUUAAUGGGUGAGGGCGAUGGCACCGUGAACCUGCUUAGCACGGGCUACAUGUGCGCCAAAGGCUGGCGCAUGAAGCGUUAUAACCCAGCCGGCACAAAGAUCAAGGUCUUUGAGAUGCCUCACGAGCCUGAUCGCUUCUCGCCCCGCGGUGGUCCCAACACUGGUGAUCACGUGGAUAUCCUAGGCCGCGCCUCACUCAACGACCUUCUUCUCCGUGUCGCUGGCGGCAAAGGCGAUUUAAUCGAGGAGACUUUCUUCUCCAAAAUCCGCGAGUAUGCGGAUCGUGUACAAAUCUUUGACGAAGAAUAG